CUGAGUAAGAAGAAGACAUUUGGAAAUCUGAGGAAGAAGAUCAAGCAGCAAGUCGAAGACCUUGUGAGUAAAAUUGAGCCUCGAUUCCUACAUUCAUUCUCCGUUCUCUAAUCCCUGAACAGGCUGGAGACGUCGUCAAAGUCUCCAACGCCCUCGCCCAGCCUCCUCGUCGUCGUCCGACGAUUGUCAAGAAACUGACUCUUGCGAUCUCCUUGGACCCUCCGACCCAAGCCAGGCUCUAUUCCGAGAUGGAGGUCAUGAUCUGCGUCAGCGCCAAUAAGUUUCUUGUCCAGCAAUACAAAGAAGGCCGCCUUUCGACGGACUCGAUCAACAAGCUGACCAAGGCCUGGGGAUCGAAGAACCGACCCCAGGUUCUCGAAUUCCAAUUCGACCAAGCGACCCAGCGCGAUCUGAUCCUAGCCAAUAUCCGCACCUUGCGCUUCAAUGGCGAGACAUCGACCAAUCCCGUGCUCCUCAACUCCAAUCUGCACAACUGGAAGGCCAUCGUCAAGGAGAUGAGCGUCCGCACCUUCUGUUCUCCCGACAGCGCCAUCCGCAAGCACAUGCAUGACAUCCAUAAGAUUCUUGAAAUGCUCGGUGCCCCCUUCGCCACCUUCAUGGCCUUUCGCGAUCUGCAGAUGCGUACCUUGGCCACGAUGAAAGAGCAUCUGAGCAAAAACCACGUCUCGAGUAAUCCUCCUGGAGAUAGCGGCCACAGAAUGACCUGAUACCCACCUCAAAAUACCUAGCUGUUUUUCUUUCCCUUCCCU